CUGCCCAGAGGCCGCUGGGGCCUGGUGGGGAGCUGGGCCCCAGCCUGUUUCCUCAUGGCCCUGCUCUUCCUGGGACUCCUGCUGCUUCUGGGGCUCAGGGGGCUGUGGGGGCUGCUGUGGGGGCGCUCCAGCUCUUCCUCACCGGCCCCCCGCUGGCCCCCGGGGCCGCGCCCACUGCCCCUCAUUGGGAACCUACACUUGCUGCGGGUCACCCAGCAGGAUCGCUCCCUGAUGGAGCUCUCGGCACGCUACGGGCCAGUGUUCACCGUGCACCUGGGCACACAGAAGACGGUGGUGCUGACAGGGUACCAGGCUGUGCGGGAGGCACUGCUGGGCACGGGGCACGCACUGACCGACAGGCCCCCCAUCGCCAUCUUCCAGCGGAUCCAGGGGGGUGCGGGCGUCUUCUUCUCGUCAGGGCGGCGCUGGAGGGUGGCGCGGCAGCUCACUGUGGCCGCCCUGCAGGGGCUGGGUGCCGGGCAGGGGCCCGGGGCCGACCUGGUCCUGAGCGAGCUGGGCUGCCUGUCCAAGCUGCUGGACGGCUACAAAGGCCAGCCCUUCCCCCUCCGCCUGCUGGGCUGGGCACCCUCCAACGUCACCUUCACGCUGCUCUUCGGCCGGCGCUUCGACUACGGAGACCCCGUGUUCCUGUCCCUGCUGGGCCUCGUGGAGGACGUGAUGGUGCUCCUGGGCACCCCGGCCCUGCAGCUGUUUAACAUCUACCCGAGGCUGGGGGCGCUGCUGCAGCUGCACCGCCCCCUGCUGCUGAAAGUCGAGCAGGUGCGCGCCAUCCUGCGGGCCUCCCUGCGGGACAGGCCUGUGCCCGGGGCCUCGUACAGCUACAUGGAUGCCCUGCUCCGCAAAGGCCAGAAUGACCCCGAAGGCCAGUUUUCCGAAGCCGACAUGGUGGCCUGUGCCCUGGACAUGGUCAUGGCCGGCACCGAGACCAGCGCGGCCACGCUGCAGUGGGCUGCCCUCCUGAUGUGCGAGCACCCGGAGGUGCAGGGCCGGGUGCAGGAGGAGCUGGACCGAGUGCUGGGUGCUGGGCGGCUGCCGCGGCCAGAGGACCAGCAGCUGCUGCCCUACACCAACGCGGUGCUGCACGAGGUCCAGCGCUACAUCACGCUGCUGCCACACGUGCCGCGCUGCACGGCCACGGACACCGCGCUGGGCGGCUACCUGCUCCCCAAGGGCACGCCAGUGCUGCUCCUGCUGAGCUCCGUGCUCCUGGACGAGACGCAGUGGGCCACCCCGGGCCAGUUCAACCCCGGCCACUUUCUGGACACAAGCGGGCGCUUCGUCCGGCGCGCCGCCUUUCUGCCCUUCUCCGCAGGCCGCCGCGUGUGCGUGGGGGAGCGCCUGGCCACGUCACAGCUGUUCCUGCUGUUCGCCGGCCUCCUGCACAAGUACCGCCUGUGCCCCGCGCCCGGCCUCAGCCCCGUCCUGGACGCCACCUCUGCCCCUGCCUUUACCAUGCGGCCGCCCGCCCAGGCCCUGUGUGCCGAGCCCAGAAACCAGUGGCGCUGAGCUGCCGAGCCGGCCACGGGUCCCAGGCCAGCCCAGCACUGGGGUUGUGGACAGGGCAGGGCCGCACCCCCAGACACUUCUCUGGGGGCCCCUUCCACCCACCUCCCCUUCUCCCAUGGUGUCAGCACCUGUGGAGGGGGGUUGCAGGCCCACACAGGGUGGUUCAUGUGUUGGCUCCUGGCCUGGGGAGGCCUCUGCUCUACUGUCCUCCCACUCCCACACGGGGCAGAGAGCAGAGAUGGGCUCUUCUGGGUGGACACCCAGAGCCCCUGGAGUGACACAUACUGUUCGGAACAGCAGACACAGGAAACCAUCCAGCUGCAGAGGUGAGACGAGGCAGCGCUGCCAGCACUGGACUGGGCAUGGACACCCAAAGAGAGCUGGGGCGCAGGUGCCCAGGGGCGCCCAGAGCCACAGGGUGGCCCCAACACCUGUCUCUGUAUAGCUGGUCUGGGCUUCAGUUCCCAGCACCCCAAAACAGACAUUACUAAAACUGGA